AGGAGCAGUUCGAGAUCCUCAUAUUAAGUCUUGGCUCCCCUCAUCUACAUUUCUAUCAAGUCCCGGUCAUGCUCCAUACCUCGUAGAACGACCAGCGACUUCCACCCGCUGAGUCAGCAUCAAACCUCAAGUUCCCGAGGCCCCAUCCUCGCAACUCCAUCGCCUCAUGCCCGCCAUGUCGAAAUCCGCGCGCGGCGCCGACGCGUCCAAGCCAGAUGGCGGUGCGUCUCUCUCCAAAACCCUCUACAAUUUGUCUUUACAGCAAUCACAACUCCCUCGUUCCCUCGCUGACGAUGCAUCAGACUCUUGCCCCGUAUGCAGGUCGUCGCGCUUCCUCAACUCCAACAUGCAGUUCAAGAUCAACCCAAUCUGCUACCACAAGAUGUGCGAUACCUGCGUAGAUCGACUGUUUGGCAAGGGAAACAGCAUAUGUCCUGUUGCUGGAUGCGCAAAGACGCUGGCAUAUAGGAACUUUCGGAGGGCGACCUUUGAGGAUCUGAAGGUGGAGCGGGAGGUGGAUCUCAGGAAGAAGGUCAUGAAGAUCAUGAACAAAACAGAAGACGACUUCGAGUCCCUCCGCGACUACAACGAUUACCUCGAGCAGGUCGAAGAGAUCAACUGGAACCUCAUCCUCAACAUUGACGUAGACGCGACCUGGGCAAAACUAAAGAAGUUCGAGACACUUCAAAAAGCCGAGUCAGAGGCCGCCGCCCGUAACAAGAGCACCGGGCUCAAAGACGACGUGGACCCGGGUUUCGCAAUCCGAGGACUGAAGAAGCGCGUCGCGCCACCCGUAGAAGCACCCUUCGACCCAUUCGGCGGCUACAACAUCGCGCCACAAUACUACGUCCUCCAGGACAACUACGACGUAGACUGGUACGCUCGUAUGAAGCGGGAUCCAGCACAUUUGGUGGGAGGACACAGUUUGCAAGACUACUGCAGUCGGACAUUGCGCGAAGCAUUCGGCGGCCUGGGUGUCUUUGUUGAGGACGAGAUUCCCGCGCGGGAAGCUCCGUCGAUGUCCAUGGACGCGGAUAUUGGCACCGAGCAUGCCGCGACAGCAGCCAUGAGCAGAGAUGUCAUCAUGGACGACGUUUUCUAGAUUUCCUGCACUGUGAUACCCGGCUUCAUGCCAACAUUUGGGCGGCGUUCGAGAUAGCGUUAGAGUAGAUGAGCUUAUUCUUUCAUGGCAUCAUUUUGUAGUUUACA